GCGGCAAGCAGGCGGUGGCAGACAGCAUGAUCGCCAAGGGGCUGACUGCAGUGCCAUACGAGAAGCUCAACGACGCCACAUACCAGAACCUCAUGCAUUACGCUGGCUUCUGUUAUGCUUGCCUCCUGCUUGUGAAGAGCCGCGUCGGCAGCGGGGGCUCGCUCAUGGAAUGGCACCCCAGGUUCCAGGACUUCAUCAAGAGCCACAAGUCGUACAGGGUGUGUGUUGAAAUGGGGCGGUUCGGGGCACCGACGGCGAAGCCGUCGUGGCUAUACUCAGCGCACGAGUUCAUCCAGGAGCUCCCCAACUACCAAGGUGCGAAGUCAUACCAGCCAGGCCAGAACAUGUUGGUCGACAUGGUCAAGACCUCCGACGGCACCGUCCAAAUCAACGGGAACCACCGCCUGAAGGGCAGCCAGGCGUACCCGAAGGCCUUCGGCAAGGCCGCUGCCGAUCUCUACAUGGCGCAUCGGGCCGAGCUCAAGACAGCAGGGCAGGCGCUGAUCCAGAAAUCGAGCUCUGUGAAGGUGCGCCUCGCGCGUGACAUCGCCACGAAUGCGCUCACGGGCAAGCGCCGCUGGGCGGAUGCUGACCUGAAGCCCGUGUUCGGGUACUUAGAUCUGUAG